AUGAAGAAGGGGGAGGAGAGCAUACCGGGGAAAAAAGCCCGGGGGGGAAAAAACGAAAAGGAUCUGCAAAGGUAUAUGGACGAACUGUGGGGGUUCGCCCCCAGUUCGGGAGAUGAAAAGGACAUAGCAAAGGAGGAGCCUGUAAAACGAGAUGGUGACGGGGUGGAGACCCCUUCGGAGGAAUCGGAAGGUGAAACGAAUGAUGAACGGGGAGGAAAAAAGGUGAGGAAGCUCCACCCUCGAAUGCUGCCUCAUCACAUAAAUCAUGAGGAGAAGACUUACUUUGGUGGGGAUGCUAACCCCAUAUGUGAAAGUCGCAGUGGUAAAACCAGCAGUGGAAACUAUUGCGAUGGGGAAGGCCCCCCAGCUGAAGGGAAGAAGAGAAAAGGGAAAAGGGGAAAAAACCACCCAAGUGAAGAAUUGACUCCCCAAAAUGAAAAGGACAACUUUUACCCAAGGGAUGAUAAAAGGAGGAAAAAAGAGGAGGAUAGGCAGAAAGUUGCAAAGGGGGCAAAUUAUAAGGAAGACGAAGAAGAGGUUCCCUCUUGGAGAACCCCCCUUUUGAAGGGGACUAAGCCAAAUGCAGUGAAGGAGAAGCGCAAUGAGUGGGAAAAUCGAUCAUAUGGGGAACCAAAGAAAAUGAAGAAACCCCCCCCUGAUGAAGCCGCCCUACUAAAUAGAAAAACCAUUUUGAAAGAAAAAAUGGAAGCCAAAAAAGAGUUCAUGAGUGUGGUUCACGAAAUCAGAAAGUUGACUCUGCCUCAUUUGGAUAAAUUUCAAAAAAAAAUUGUGGAAAAUCAUCAAGUAAAAAUGCUCGGAGGUAAAUUUGACAAAAGUCCCAAGGUUCAUUAUCCGGAGCUUAUGUUUCGAAAGAAGUCCAUAAAAAGGUACAUCCAGGAGAGAAGCGAGCGAGAUAGGAUGAUGGGCGUGAAGACGCAGACCGGGAACUACAUUGAUAUGCAGGACGUAAUUCGGCGGAAAAAAAGGAUGAAGAAGGAGAAGACUUCGUCCAAGUUGUUUUAA